AUGGACGGAUUACCCUUGGCUUUAGUUGCAGCUGGCACUUAUAUGUCGAACAUUGCAAUCGACUGUGGAGAAUAUCUCCAACGACACAAAGAAAGCUGGCAAGCUUUACAGCAGAGAACGCCUCAAGUGCCAUACUACAAUGGAAACGUGUCGUCCUGUUGGGCCCUCACAUUUAAGGAGUUAACAGAGGAUAAGGACGUGCUCUGUGCUUUGGUGUGCUGGGCCUUGCUGGAUAGCCAAGAUGUCUGGUUUGAACUCCUUGACCCCGACGGGCUCAGCUGGCCGAGAGACAAUGUGACGGGUUUUGAUACGGCAACGAGAUUGCUUUUCCAGUACGGGAUCAUUGAGCUUGGUACUGAUCCCGGCGAUGAACACAUUGGCUCUCGUGGAUACAAUAUGCAGAGAUCCUUCCACGCCUGGCUGCAGACUCGAUAUUGUGAUCUGGUUCGUUACAAGUCGAUGGGAGUUAUAGCUGUUUCAGCUUUGACAAUAUCGUCUUGCAAUCUGAUCAAAUCCGGGGAGUAUCACAAGGGGCUGCUACGACUUCUACCGCAUGCGAGUGUGUGUUCGGAUCUGAUUAUCAGAGAGCGAGUGCACGCUAGUGUGGGAAGUAUCAUACACCUUGCGACUUUAUUUGAGUAUGCAGGCUAUGGCAGGUCUCGGAAUUUUAGCCGCUACCUUGCUAUGAUGCAAAUGGACAGUCCAACAAAAGUUCAUCUCAAAACCUCGGAAAUGCUCUUGCAACAUACUCUCCGCAAGAUAGAGCAGGGCUUUGCGCUUGGUCCUGAAUCAGAUGAAGAUGAUAACAUACCACAUCGACACAAUGCCUACCGCUCAAAGGUGGAAGCACUCAAUAGCUUGCGGAGGGUUUAUUUGUACAUGUCUGAAUUCUCAAAAGUUCGAGGCAUAACGUCGCAGCUUUUUACGAUACAUAGCGACGCAGACAACGAGACAGAAGCUCGGUUGGAGCAAGAGGGCCUGAGAAAUCAACACUCAGCCGAAAACAUGGUUCGGAUCUAUCUUUGGACAUCGUUCACGAUGGGAGCUUUGGCACUUCUUUACGUGAUCCGAUGCAUACUAUUCCUGGAGGACGGCAUCAUCUUCGUUUGGACUUCGGUCUUAGGCUUAUGUGGCUGGGCUUCCUGGACGGUCUUCAUGACUACUCGGAGAUAUCGACGAAGGGCACUUGCUGCUUUAGUGCUUUCUAUGGUGGUCAUGUGCUAUAAGUUUAGGAAAUUUGGUCUGCUCGGGAUUCUUGGGGCGGCGCUUCCAUUUUUACCCAUGUUGAUUUCUACUAUUCCUGUUUUGUGCUACGAGACCCUCCCACCCAGAAGGGGCUGA